GGACGCUUUGGACAUGCUCAUUCUAGGGCGCCUGGUCGCUUGUAUCCAACUCGUCUGUAUCCUCAGAGUGGAUUUGGUGUACGGAUACUAUAGACAACAACGGAAAUUGGUUGAAGAGAUCGACUGGUCAUACACAGGAACUUUGAACCAAAAGAACUGGGGAAAGAAAUAUUCAUCCUGCAAUGGUGCCAGACAAUCUCCUAUUAAUAUAGAUGAAGAUCUUACCCAAGUAAAUGUGAAUCUGAAGAAACUUAAAUUCCAUGGGUGGGAAAAGGAAACUUUGGAAGACACAUUCAUUCACAAUACUGGAAAAACAGUGGAAGUUAACCUGACAAAUGAUUACUAUGUAAGUGGAGGUGGCUUAGACACAAUAUUUAAAGCAAGCAAGAUCACAUUUCACUGGGGAAAAUGCAACAUAUCAUCUGAUGGGUCAGAACAUAGUUUGGAAGGCAGAAAAUUUCCUCUUGAGAUGCAAAUCUACUGCUAUGAUGCAGAUCAGUUUACAAAUUUUGAAGAGGCAAUCAAAGGAAAUGGAAAGUUAAGAGCUUUAUCAGUUUUGUUUGAGAUUGGGCCAGAAGACAAUCCGGAUUACAAUCCAAUAAUUAAUGGAGUAGAUAGUGUUAGUCGUUUUGGAAAGCAGGCUGCCUUAGAGCCAUUUAUUUUGCUGAACCUUUUACCAAACACAACAGACAAGUAUUACACAUAUAAUGGAUCUUUAUCAGCUCCUCCCUGCUCUGAAACGGUUGAAUGGAUUGUGUUUAAAGAUACCAUCACCAUUUCUGAAGACCAGCUAUCUGUAUUCUGUGAAGUCCUUACAAUGCAGCAGUCUGGCUAUGUUAUGCUGAUGGACUAUCUGCAGAACAACUUCAGAGAACAGCAAUACGAGUUCUUUGGGCAAGUGUUUUCCUCUUACACUGGACAAGAAGAAAUUCAUGAAGCAGUUUGCAGUUCAGAACCUGAAAAUGUCCAAUCUGAUCCAAAGAAUUAUACUAGUCUUCUUGUUACAUGGGAAAGACCUCGAGUUGUGUAUGAUACCACGAUUGAGAGAUUUGCUGUCUUUUAUCAACAAUUGGAUGGAGACGACCAGACCAAGCAUGAGUUUCUGACAGAUGGGUAUCAGGACUUGGGGGCCAUUCUAAAUAAUCUGCUGCCCAAUACAAGUUAUGUUCUUCAAAUAGUUGCUGUUUGUUCUAAUGGUCUAUAUGGAAAACACAGUGACCAGGUCAUUGUUGAUAUGCCCCUAGAAGACCCAGAGGCUGGCCUCAUUCCUGAACUGAAGGAAACUGAAGAAUAUGAGGAUGAAGUUGAUGAAAAAGAAACAGGGGUGGAUGAAGAAACUGCAGUGAUUCCUAGCACAGAUAGUGCAAUAAACCAAAUAAGGAAGAAAGAUUUCCAGGUGACUACAUCCAGCGAUAGUCAAGAGAAAAUCGGCACCAAAUCUAAUGAUGCUAAAACAAAUAGGUACUUAACAAAAGAAUUGCAUGAUAAAGAGGAUGUUUUCAAGGCAGUUUAUUAUCCAACUUCUCCACCUGUUAGUGAAAUUUCUGAAGAAGAGGAAGAUCAUUUUCAGGAAUCCCAAACCAUUACUGGAACCCCUCCUCAGCUCACUGACUCCACCAAAGGUAUUGAAGAAGAAUACAUAUACCUUUCUUCAGGCACUGAGCCAACAAGAAAGAUCACUACUGGCCAUAGCGAGCAAGAUUUCUUAUUGUCUACUUUUAUACCUGAUAAAGAAUCUGAAGACUUUUGGAGUUCCUUUCUUACCACCUCUUCAUCACAGUUGGUUACAGAGGAGACCUCCGAAGAAGACAUCCUUCCUUCAGGAAGCCCAGAUAUAACCAUACAUGAUGUUCUUUCGCAGGGUUCUAUUAAGCACGUUUCAGAAGAUGUAGCACCCUCAAGCUCUGACAAGCCUCCAAAGCUCACAUAUUCCACUGAUGGAAAUUUAUGGUUUCAUAAUGCUACAGAUGCAACAGCUCAGUCUCCUGAUACAUUGGAUAGUAAGCAAUUGUCUCAGACCAGCUAUACUGAUGCUUACGUUGAGGGAUUAAAGCCAGCAACAAUACCCUAUUCCAGUGGCCCACUGGUUUCACAAGACACUUCAGAUGCGGAUUUAGAAUUGCCACAUUACUCUACCUUUGCUUUCUCCUCUGCUGAGUUAUCGCCUCAUUCUCUCUCUUCAAGCUCUGGAGAAUAUGAUUCUGCUUCUGCUGCCAGUGAGGUACUCUCUCAGACAACUCAACCAGUCUAUAAUGGUGAGAUACCUCUUCAACCUUCCUUCAGUAGUGAAGUGUUUCCUCUAGUCACCCCUUUAUUGUUUGACUCUCAGAUGCUCGACACUACCCCUGCUACAUCAGGUAGUGAUGUGACCUUGCAUGCUACACCUGUAUUUCCCAGUGUUGAUGUGUCAUUUGAACCCACCCUGUCUUCCUAUGAUGAUGUACCUUUGCUUGCAUUUUCCUCUGCUUCCUCAAGUAGUAAAAUGUUUCACCGUCUGUAUACGAUUUCUCAAAUGUUUCCACAAAGUGCUACUCCAGCUGUUACAAGUGAUAAGGUGUCCCUGCAUGCUUCUUUGACAUUGGCAGAGGGUGAUACAUUAAUACAACCAAGCCUUGCUCAAUAUGCUGAUGUGGUGACACAUCAGACUACUCAUGCUGCUUCAGAGACAUCGAUAUUUGAUCAUAAUAGAACUCAUAUAUUUUCUCAAGCUGAACCAUCCAGCAGUGAUUUAAAUAUGCAUGCACUGUCAACAAUGUCUGAACUUCCUUAUGCUUUAUCUAGUAAUGUGGGAUCCCUCCAAAGCUUUACUGUUUCUUACGACUCUGCAGAAAUUGUGCAUGAUUCUAUUGACGUAUUUCGUCAAGAUCCUUUAUUUAGCAGCCAUAGUGAUGUACUGCUACAUAAACCUUCUUCUGUAAUAUCACAAGCUGAUACUUUGCUGCAGCCUACGCACUCUCUAUCUAGUGGUAUGGAUUGGUCUGAAGCAUACUCUGGUAGUGAGUCCCUUUUGCCUGAUACAGAUACUUUGACCAUACUUAAUGUUUCUUCAUCUGAUUUUAUAGAUGAAAUUACAUAUGAAUCAUCUGGCUUUAGUGAUGGUAAUAAGAAUCUCCAUAAAAGUGAUAUUAUAUAUGGCGAUGAAAAAGAACUGCAGAUUUCCUCUUCUUUAAGUGAAAUGGCUUCCAGUGCUGAAAACAAAGUGACACCUGAACUUUCUACAUAUGUUUCUAAUAAUGAUAUAAUUAAGCAGAAUAUGUCUCUGCAAGAAAGCCCACUUCCUGUUUCUAGCACAAAGGGAAUCCUUCCAGUCUCUCUUGCUUUCCCCACUACUAAGAUAUUUGAUUCUGAUGUUAGUAAACUUACAGAAAAUCACCUUUCUGUUCAGCCUUUGCAUGUUACAUCUCCAGCCUUUGAUGACACUUUGCUUAAACCUGUGCUUAGUGCGACCUCAGAUCAAACUCUCUCUGCCCCUGCUUAUAGUGAAAUGUUACGCUCAACACAGCCGUACCUUUAUGAGACCUCAGCUACAUUAAGUAAUGAAGCAUUACUUCAAUCCUCCUUUCAAUCUUCUGGUGAUGACACUCUACUUAACACAGCUGCAGUUGUAUCUAGUGAUCCAGUGUGGGUUGAAAGCUCCAGGGUUUAUAGUUCUACAUUUGACCAAAUACUACAUCAAAUGACAGCAGGUUCGGCUGAAGAAGAAACAAUCCUGCAUUCUACAUCUGCUCCUACUGUUGCUGACAUGUUGUCAAACACUUUUAGUAAACCCACAGCAUCACUUCAAGGUGUAUUUGUGUCUUAUGCAAAUGAGGAAUAUAUUUCAUCCAGUUUGUUUAACAGUGAAGAUGUUCAACAGGCUAUGCCUUCGUUGUAUGGUAGUGAUGUUUCCUUCCAGCUGACCAGUUUAAAAAAUACAAAUGCCAUUCCCCCACAUGCAGCAAGUGCUCUAACAACUCCUUUCCUAACACCUGAUAAUGUAGCUGCUGCUCCAGAAAGCCAUACCUCCUCAAGUAUUUUUGAAAGAAGUGAGGCUACCAGUUUUUCUUCGAUUUCUCCAAUUGUUGUUGAACCUGUUCAUAUGUCGACAGUUGUUUCUGAUUCUGAUGUGUCCAUUCAUCACACACUUCCUUUACCAAAUGCACGUGUUUCUGUUAUGGCUGUUUCUCCCAAAAGUGAAAUCCCUAUAACUCUGAGUAGGUUGCUGGUUCCUUCCAGAGAAUCCUCUGGGUUGUCUCCCAGUAUCAUGUCCAGUACUGAUUUGUGGCCUUCUGUAGUUGAGGAUGACUACGAUGAGUAUGAUGAUGGUUUCCCUGUAAGUAAUUGUAUUGCAUGCAGUCCCCAUAGAGAAUCACAGGACACAGUAGUAGAGGAACAAAACACAAAUGUAAAUAAUAACAAGGAUCAGAAUAACCUAAUUAUAAGUUCACAUUCUGAAAAACCUGAAGAAGAAGAGAAAAUUUCAACUGCUGCAUCAGACAGUAAAAUAAACCAUGGCAUGGACAGACAUAAUUACACAUCAGUCCCAACUUUAACAGCAAGUGUGAUCCCUAAGAAGAGCAACAACAAAACAAAUUUGGAGAACCACAUUCAAACUCUUAGCAAAAUCCCAUUGCAAAAUACAUCAGAGCCUAAAUCUUGGGCUGUUUUUACAAGUGAUGAAGAAAGUGGUUCUGGCCAAGGUACCUCAGAUAGCCUAAAUGAUAAUGAGACUUCAACAGAUUUCAGUUUUCCUGACCUUAAUGAGAGAGACUCUGAAGGGGCAGUUGAAGCAGGUAACUCAGAAUUAACUUCUGGAUCAUCACAGUCAUCAACCUCGUCUGUAACUAGCGAUCAUUCAUCAGUAUUCAACAUCUCUGAGGCAGAGGCAAGUAAUAGUAGCCAUGAGUCUCGUAUUGGUCUAGCUGAGAGUCUGGAAUCAGAGAAGAAGACAGUUGUACCACUUGUGGUCGUGUCAGCCCUGACUUUUAUCUGUCUAGUGAUUCUUGUGGGUAUUCUCAUAUAUUGGAGGAAAUGUUUCCAGACGGCCCAUUUUUACUUAGAAGACAAUACAUCACCUCGAGUAAUUUCUGUUCCUCCAGCUCCAAUCUUCCCAGUCUCAGAUGAUGUUGGAGCAAUUCCAAUAAAGCAUUUUCCAAAACAUGUUGCAGAUUUACAUGCAAGUAAUGGUUUUUCUGAAGAAUUUGAGACACUGAAAGAGUUUUAUCAGGAAAUCCAGAGCUGUACUGUAGAUCUAGGUAUUACAUCAGACAGCUCUAAUCACCCAGACAACAAGAAUAAGAAUCGAUAUAUAAAUAUUGUUGCCUAUGAUCAUACUAGGGUUAAAUUAGCACAACUUUCAGAAAAGGAUGGAAAACUCACCGAUUACAUUAAUGCCAACUAUGUUGAUGGCUACAACAAGCCAAAAGCCUACAUUGCAGCUCAAGGGCCACUAAAAUCAACAGCAGAAGAUUUCUGGAGAAUGAUAUGGGAACAUAACGUAGAAGUUAUUGUGAUGAUAACUAAUCUUGUUGAGAAAGGAAGGAGAAAAUGUGACCAGUACUGGCCUGUUGAAGGUAGUGAAGAAUAUGGGAACUUCUUGGUUACUCAGAAGAGUGUUCAUGUACUUGCCUAUUACACAGUGAGGCAUUUUACUAUUAGAAACACCAAAGUCAAAAAGGGUUCCCAGAAAGGAAGGUCUAGUGGACGUGUAGUAACUCAGUACCAUUAUACCCAAUGGCCUGAUAUGGGUGUUCCAGAAUACACACUGCCUGUGCUCACCUUCGUGCGGAAGGCAUCGCAUGCCAAGCGUCAUGCUGUUGGGCCUGUUGUGGUUCAUUGCAGUGCUGGUGUUGGAAGGACAGGCACAUACAUAGUAUUAGACAGCAUGCUGCAGCAAAUUCAACAUGAGGGGACAGUCAAUAUAUUUGGUUUCUUAAAACACAUACGUACCCAAAGGAACUACUUGGUGCAAACUGAGGAGCAAUACAUCUUCAUUCAUGAUGCACUGGUUGAAGCGAUACUGAGUAAAGAAACAGAAGUCCUUGAGACUCACAUUCAUGCCUAUGUUAAUUCUCUCUUGAUACCUGGACCAACAGGAAAGACCAGGCUGGAGAAACAAUUCAAGUUACUGAGUCAAUCUAACAUACAGCAGUGUGAUUUUUCUACUGCACUCAAGCAGUGUAACAGAGAAAAGAACAGAACUUCCUCCAUCAUUCCUGUUGAAAGAUCUCGAGUUGGUAUCUCAUCACUGUCUGGUGAAGGGACAGACUACAUCAAUGCUUCCUACAUCAUGGGUUAUUAUCAGAGCAAUGAAUUCAUUAUUACCCAGCAUCCCUUACUACACACUAUCAAGGAUUUCUGGAGAAUGAUAUGGGACCAUAAUGCCCAAAUGAUAGUCAUGCUUCCUGACAGCCAGAAUAUGGCUGAAGAUGAAUUUGUUUACUGGCCAAACAAAGAUGAGCCAAUAAAUUGUGAGAGUUUUAAAGUUACUAUGAUUGCUGAAGAACACAAGUGUCUGUCUAACGAGGAGAAGCUCAUUAUCCAAGACUUUAUUUUAGAAGCUACACAGGAUGACUAUGUACUUGAAGUGAGACAUUUUCAGUGUCCAAAAUGGCCCAAUCCUGAUAGCCCUAUUAGCAAAACUUUUGAACUGAUCAGCAUCAUCAAAGAGGAAACUUCCAACCGGGAUGGACCCAUGAUUGUACAUGAUGA